GGAGCCUCCACGUUUCUCCUCUUCUUUCUCUUCUUCCUCUCCUCUCUGCGCUCGUCUUACACCACUCUUUCCAUCCUCUUUCCCUCUUCUCAUUCUGUUUUGCCACCCCUUUCCUCUAUAAUCUCUGCUUUUCAGUUAUCAGCACUGAUCCUUCUCUCCUCCUCCACUCUACUUUUCACUCUAUCCCUCUUCUUCUUUUUGUCCUUUUUUUUUCUCUUCGCAAAUGGAGUGAGAAGGUUUUAUAACACCUGCACUCUCUCCUGUCCUCCUCCCUCCACGUCCCAUGGGAAUCCGUGCAUCUUGCAGACCAGAGCCUCAUGGUCGGAGAGGCGGCUCUCAGCCGGGCCAGGCAGACUCUCCACUCCCAGAGCAGGACGAGGAGAUCCUGGGCUCUGAUGACGACGAGCAGGAGGACCCCAAUGACUACUGCAGGGGUGGAUAUCACCAUGUGAAGAUAGGAGAUCUGUUCCACGGGAGAUACCAUGUGAUCCGUAAACUGGGCUGGGGGCACUUUUCCACUGUGUGGCUGGCCUGGGACAUCCAGGAGAAGCGCUUUGUGGCCAUGAAGGUUGUAAAAAGUGCAGAACAUUACACCGAGACGGCCCUGGAUGAGAUCAAGCUGCUCAAAUCUGUGAGAAACACAGAUCCCAGUGACCCCAGCAGAGAGAAAGUGGUGCAGCUUCUAGACGACUUCAAAAUCUCUGGCAUGAAUGGCACUCAUGUGUGCAUGGUUUUUGAGGUGUUGGGUUAUCACCUACUGAAGUGGAUCAUCAAGUCGAAUUAUCAAGGCCUACCCCUACCCUGUGUUAAAAGCAUCAUACGACAGGUUCUGCAGGGUUUAGACUACCUCCACACUAAGUGUAAGAUCAUCCACACAGACAUCAAACCAGAGAACAUUCUGCUGACCGUCAACGAGCCCUACAUCAAGAAAAUGGCUGCUGAAGCUACGCAGUGGCAGAAGACUGGCGCUGCGCCUCCCUCGGGUUCUGCAGUGAGUACAGCCCCAGCACCCAAACCAAUGGCCAAAAUGUCAAAGAACAAAAAGAAGAAGAUGAAGAAGAAGCAGAGGAAGCAGGCAGAGAUGCUGGAGAAGAGGAUCCAGGAGAUGGAGGGAGGAGCAGCUGAAGGAGAAGAGGAGGAUGAUGAGGAGACUACAACAGAAGCCACCGAAGAUACGACUUCCUCAGCUACCCUCUCUAUGUCUGCCACGCUGCAAGACAUUGCUAACCAUACUGUCACAGAAUCGAGUCCUGACGAGCAGCCCCAGCAGAUACCGGAGGUAAAUGAGCGAAGAGAGAAUGCGACCAAGGAGGGGAGCGGGAUGGAGGUUAACUGUAACGGCCACGCUUCCACAGCCGAGAGUGAUACCAGUCAAGAAGUACAAGGAACCAAACAGUCAACGGAGGAACAGGAGGACCAACAGAAUGCAAACCAAGCAGAAAGUAACACAGAGACCCAGGACACGUUAAAUAACAAAGAAGAGCAUCAGACCUGCAACGGUUCACCCCAGGACCCUGACCUGCAGCAGCUCCCUGCCUCUCUCAGCCCAGACUCUGUCACUGUAGAGCUGAAGGAAGGCGACGAGGAGGAGGAGGAGGAGAAAAAGGAGGAGGAGAUGGACACUCAGGGCGAAGAGACCAAAAGAGAGGAGGGAGAAGAAGACAGCCAGGAUGGAGCGUCAGGCAAUAUGUUAGUAAACCCCCUGGAGCCUCUUAACGCUGACAAGCUGCAGGUUAAGAUCGCUGACCUUGGCAACGCCUGCUGGGUGAGCAAACAUUUCACAGAUGACAUCCAGACGCGGCAGUAUCGCUGUCUCGAAGUGCUAACAGGAGCCGGCUACAGUACACCGGCAGACAUCUGGAGCACAGCCUGCAUGGCCUUCGAGCUCGCCACUGGAGAUUAUCUGUUUGAGCCCCACUCUGGAGAAGACUACUCCAGAGAUGAAGAUCACAUAGCGCUCAUCAUCGAGCUGCUUGGUAAAGUUCCUCGGAAGCUGAUCUUGGCUGGCAAAUACUCCAAGGAGUUUUUCACCAAGAAAGGGGACCUGCGUCACAUCACCAAGCUGAAGCCGUGGGGUUUAUUGGACGUGUUGGUAGAAAAGUACGAGUGGUCCAAAGACGAGGCACACACUUUCAGCACCUUCCUGCUGCCCAUGCUGGACCUGGUGCCUGAGAGGAGGGCCACCGCGGCCCAGUGCCUCUCCCACGCAUGGCUCACUUCAUAGAGGCCAGCCGGGCACACCUCCACCUUCCACCUUGUAAAAAGGAAAAAUUAGGUUUGAAGAUCCUGGGCUUGAAAACAUACAGUAAAACAAACACAUUCAUGUCUGAAAGACCCUGUGACUGCAUCGUGCCUGCAUCCUCCUGUCAUGACUCCCAGAUGCUUCCCACACACACACUUUCAUGAAUACAAUAAUAAGAGAGACUGCUGCUGAGUCUUUAUCCUGUUUUGGAUUACACUGGUGAUAGAAUGAACUCCUGGUUUUCUUCCUAUAUUUAUGGCUUCUUUUUUUUACUGGCUGUAAAGGACUUAUCGACCUUGCUCUUGUUGUUGUUUUCCCCCUAGCUCCAGCUCUUUCUCUGCAGCGCAUCAUUUUCUGCAUUUUUAGCUAUAGAUAGCGAACUGUCAGAUUUAAAAGGAGGUUGCACUUGUCUACAUACGCACAAGGCAGCAGGAUGUUAACAGAAACAUAAAGAUUGCCAUCAAAACCACAUACUGUUAUCAUUUAGGUCAUUAAUAAGCCAAAUCUGUGUUUGUUUUACCAGUCGUCAUGUUAGCCGUGCCAGCUUUUACGCCUUUGGCUGUCAAAGUGUGCAAAGUGCUCCGAAUUAAUAAGUGCGUAAUGCUAACAGCCAUGAUGAGAGACUAGUAACGUUGUUUAGUACUGUUAGUUAGCUUUAUGCUAAAACAAACUUUUGUACAUUUAUAAACAUGCAGAACUACAUGAUUAGAAAGCAUACAUUUCAAGCUCUGGAGAGAGACUCGUCAGAAAUCGCUCUAUUUUUCAGGAACACCAAACUGUAAUCUCAGAUUUUUCAAGUGUUAUCUUGUCUUAAUAAAACACACUCGGAUUCCGUUGCCACUUCGUGCACGAGAGGACAUCUUUAUCCUGUUUUAAACCCAUUACCAGUCGAAUGAAAUGUGGAUUUACGUCCAGCGUGCAGUGCACCAAAGAGUUGGCCUUUAGUCUCCCCCUCUCUGCUCUGUAUAUUGAAGACCCAAGCUGAAAGGUUUGAACAAUUUUUUUUACACUUUUUGGAAAUGCCUCGAGGAAUGUACAGUUGAUUUCCAGUUGUAUGAAAACUAAAGCUUUGUUUUAAGUGUUUCCACUGCAAAUGGAGGUUUUGGAUUUGAAAACGAUAGAUUGUACUAAAUGCUGUAAUAAUGCUUUGAAACCAUUUUACUUCUUUUUCUACAAAUUCUCCUCUCCCUAUGUCCAUGUCUCCGCUCUUCAUUUGAUUGUUAAUUUUUUUCUGUAGGAAAUAAAAAUAAACUUUUUUCAAAAUCAAA